AAUUUGUGUUGUUUGUAAAUCAAAAGCUGAUUUGUAUUUGACAUAUUCUUCUGAAAUUGAAUUCUUUUUAUACAAAUUUUAACUGCAAAUGUGAAGCAAAUUACUUAAAAAGGUCGUUACGUGCACUUGUCCUUCUAUAUUUAUUAAAACAAAAUACUUAAGAUAUUUCGCUUUAUUACUCACAUUACCAUAUUUAAAAUUUCUCGACAUUAUAUUAAACAUCAGGGCGUUGUUGAUACAUAUAUUGACACACAUCAAUUAACGAAAUCAACUCACACAUCGCGGUGAACGGAUACCAAUUUUCAUCGCUAACUGAAAAACUUGAAAUAAAAAUAAAAAGGAAAUUAUUAUGAAUAAGUUGAUUAUCACUUUACUCCCCUACAUAGCAUGCGUUCUCGCUAUGCCUGGUGUACUUAGAGCCCCGUUGUAUUAUACUGGAUCUGACGAGUUGAUGGCUGCUCCAUCUUCUUUCAUCACUACUCAAUAUAACCAAAUUGUUACUAGAAAACACAACGACAUUACUAUUGCACCAGUAGUUACUUCUGUUCCAGUAAUGACUCCAUUAACUACAGCUUUAGUUGUAAAAAGUGUUUCCCCUGCACUUACGCCUUUGGUUACAAUAGAUCAUUUAGAUUAUACAGAUCCACUAGUUACUAAUCCAGUAGUUACUGAUCCAAUGGUAAAAGGUGUUUUUUCUGCACCUGCUCGUCGUUUCAUUGCUGGUGAUCCUUUAGACAUCACCGCUCCAUCUGCUUACUCAACCUCAACUGUUCGUGACGUUUAUACUUCUAUUCCUUAUGGAGAUACUUAACUUUUAUUAUGAAUAUUUUGAACCAAAUAAAUAAAUAAAAUACU